AUGGUGGAAGGCGAGAGGGAAAAGAAGAAGAAGAAGAAGAAAAGGCAGCCUCAGCCUCAGCCAUUAGAGGAAGAAGAUAACGAGCCUAAGCAUAAGAAGAAGAAAAAAAGGGAGGGUUUCUAUGUCAAUUUCUCCGGUGGACCAGUUCAAAGUGAAACCCAAACCCAUGAAGAAGAAGAAGAAGAAAAUAAAAAGGGUAAGAGCGAGGGAAAGAAUAAGAGAAGACGAAAAGUCAAUGCCAUACGCGUUGGCAAGCGGCUGGUUUCUCCUUAUUUCCACAAUCAAGGAGGAGGAGGAGGAGGAGGAGGAGGAGGAGGAGUUGAUGGAGAAAAAGAGAAAAAGAAGAAGAAGAAAAAGGAACAAGAAGGCAACUACAAUGUGGAUUUAGACGAGGCCAAUGCCAACGCCAACCAUAAAAGAAGAAGAAGAAGAAAAGUUCUGAAAUGCGAUGAUGGCAAACGGGUGGUUUCACCCUAUUUUCAGAAUCAAGGAGGAGAUGGAGAAAAGGGUAAGAUAUUCCCAACCUCUCCCACCAAUCCAGGCAUUGUUGUUAAUGUAGUAGCUCAAACUGAAAAGGCUUCUUAUGAAAACAAACCCAAGACAAAGAAGAAAAAGGAAAAACUAAAUUGCAAUGUGGGUUUACUUGAGGCCAAUGUUAAUUCCGACCACAAAAGAAGAAGAAAAGCCCCUAUAUGCAUUGGACAGCGAGUGGUUUCUCCCUAUUUUCAGAAUCAAGGGGGAGAUGGAAAAAAGGGUAAGAAAUUUGCGACCUACCGUAAUGUAGUAGCUGAAAUUGAAAAAGUUUCUGGUGAAAAUAAAACCGAGGAAAAGGAACAAGUAAAUUUCAAUGACGUUUUUUAUGGUAUUAGCAUAAAGAAGAAGAGGAGAAGGGUAACACGACAUGAUAAGGAUGACAGUGGUUGCAGAAAUGCUCUGGAGCCCGAGCCCGAGCCCGAGGAGAUUACAGAGUUCCUGCCAACCUCUCCGGAAGCCAUUCACAAAGAUGAAAGUAUAGAACCUGCAGGUGUUGCCAAUGAGGAUGUGACUUCAGUGGAGGUAUCCGGUGCUAAUGACAUCGGAAAGAAAAAGAAGAAGAGGGGAAACCGUGAAACAAGCACUAUGAUGAAUGUAGUAAAUGAGAAAGAAAAGGAAGUGGAAGAGAAGUCUGAGAUGAAUCCCCAAAUAAAGGCUAAUAAAAGUAAUAAUGGGAUUUUGAAACUUGAGGAUGUACUUGCACAAUUUGCAUACAAGGGUGGUGCUAACGUGAACAACAUACAGAUUGACAAACAGAAGAAGAUGGGCACACCGUUGCAAACUUAUUAUCAAAUUAGUGGUGUGAAAAAACAAGAAGUGGAAGAAGAGAAGGAGGAGAAAAAAUAUCAGAAGGAAAGUGAAACAGCACCCCAUUUCCCAUUGAAUAAUAUUAUCAAUUCUUCCAUUGUAGUAAGUGAGAGUGCCAGGAACACAACUGAGGAGCAUGCCACUGUGCCAAGCACCUGCAGAACCUUCAAAGAAGAAAAAGUGAGUCAGAAUAGUGCAGAAAAUGGAAAGGUUUCUUCCAAGAGGAGGAAAAAUGAAAAUCACCAAAGAAUGGCACGUGUGGAAGUCCGAAAGGUUUCCCCUUACUUCCAAACAUCAGGAGUGCAAGAAUUGUUGGUAAAUGGGACUGAUGAUGCAAAAGCUAAGCCACCUAAACGCUGUUCAAAAACUUGUUCCAAGUCUGUUAAGGUCUCUUCCUACUUUCAGAAAGAAUCCAAAGAAGAAGAUAAUGUGGAUGGCCACUUGUUGGAAAGUAAAAAAAGGCGUAAGAGAUCUCCGGCAAUUAACACUGCUCUUUCUGCUUCCCAGAAGAAAGACGAAGCAUACCGAAGAAGAACUCCAGAUAACACAUGGAUUCCUCCUCGCUCAGAAUAUGGUCUCAUGCAAGAGGAUCAUUUCCAUGAUCCCUGGAGAGUAUUGGUGAUUUGCAUGCUCCUUAAUCGGACAACGGGAUUGCAGGCAAGAAGAGUUAUAUCAGAUCUCUUCACUUUGUGUCCCAAUGCAAAGGCUGCUACUGAGGCUGCCACAGAGGAUAUAGAAAAGGUUAUAAAAAGUCUUGGUCUACAAAAGAAGAGGGCAGCGAUGAUACAGCGAUUGUCUCAGGAGUAUUUGGAGGAAAGCUGGAGCUAUGUAACUGAGUUGCAUGGUGUUGGCAAGUAUGCAGCUGAUGCAUAUGCAAUAUUUUGCACCGGAAAAUGGGAACGAGUGAAGCCUACAGACCACAUGCUAAAUUAUUACUGGGAAUUUCUCGGCAGAAUUGUUCCUCCAGUCUAAGAGGCAGUUUGGCGAGACUUUGUCGUUGAAGACUUACAGGUGUCUUUUAGACGUUUUUCUUUAUUACUCAUAUGUACUAAGAGCAUCACCAUUAAUAGUUCAAUAAAUUGAUCUUUUUUGGCAUAUU